AUGUGGAUCAAAUCGAUUUUGAUAACUAUUAUUUUGUUGGUAAUAAUUGAAGUGAUUGAUGCAUGGGGUCUUGGUGGCUUGCGAGCAAUCGGAAUUGUUUUGAGGGCGGGUCGAUUGGGUAUGAGGGGACGCGGCGGUGGAAUGUGGGGAAAUCCGUAUGGACGAAUGGGCGGAAUGGGAUAUAAUCCUUGGGGAAACGGCGGUGGAAUGAGCUCAUAUUAUGGCCAAGGAUGGGGACGA